AUGGUGGGACUCGCAGCGCUUUGCUUGCUGCUCUCGGCGUCCCUCGGUGCCUCGGAGUUGGAAGAGCACUUUGAUCCAGGUGAGUUGGAUCCAGGUGAGAUAGGCUGUGACCUGUUGGUUGAGGAGCGGGAAACUGGAGGGUUCCUUGGUGAGGUGCUGAAAUGUGGUGCGGAAGGAGCACCGAGCUGACGGGAUUUUAUUGGGCAGAAGUGAUGGAGAUAUGGAGGUUGGGCGGGGGGCAAGGCCAAGUAUAAGAUGCGAGAGCGAAGCAAGGGGAAAGGAACUUAGGCCAAGGUUUUUAGGGGGCUAUUGCCAAACUGCCAUCACCAGAUCUUUCUUCUACGUUGGUUAAUCCCCAGGAUAGUUUUGUCCGAUGCUUCUAUCUUGUUACCGAUGCACAAAUGUGAGAGUCGUUGGUUGCUCAUGAAACCAAAAUGGCGCCAUCUUUGGACACAAGAGGGAGGCGAAAGCUCUGGAAGUAGCCUAAUGGGGAAUGAGCACGCUCAGUGGCCAUGGAAUGUUGAGGGGUGGGGGGAGACGGAAUGAAGUAUCUCAGAGAAGGGCAUGGCUGACCGAAUAGAACAGUGAAUAGGAGCACUCCACACUGCAACAUUUUGCUGCAGGUUCCACUCGUAAGGAUAAUCUCUCUCUCUCUCUCAUCUAUCUAUCAUCUAUCUAUCUAUCUAUCUAUCUAUCUAUCUAUCUAUCUAUCAUCUAUCUGUUUCCUGCAGGUCAGGAGUGGGGAACCUGUGGCCCUCCAGAUGUUGUUGGACUCCAGUUCCUAUCGGCCCCAGCCAGCCUGGCAAAUGGACAGCAGUUGUAGUCCAAUAACAUCUGAAGGGUCAAAGAUUCCCCAUCCUCUCUGCCCAUGAAAUAAGCUUCACUAUCACAUCUUGCAGCAGUGGAUUCUACAUUGUGCAAGGAAUUCCUCCUUGCUGUUGUUGUCUGUUCUAAAAUACCUGUUUCAUUCUGUACCCCAAAAUUCUAGCAUCAGAGGAGAUUUAAGAAAUUAAAAAAGAACCUCUAGCCAGUUUCUCCACACCAUUCAUAAUAUUAUCAACUUCUAACAUAUCAUAUUUUUAAAUAUUUUUUUUUUGGUAUACUAAAAAUCCCCAAGUGCUUUAGCUCAGGCACGUCCAACAGGUAGAUCGUGAUCUACCGGUAGAUCACUGGAUGUCUGUGAUGGAUCACUGGUAGAUCACUGGCUCCCCACAAAGAAGCUAAACAACUUUGGCUCCCCUUAAAAAAAAGCCUGCACCCCCCAAAAGCGAGGCUUUCCUCCUCCCUAAAAAAAGCUCAACAACACAACACUGCCAGGUAUUUACUCUGUGAGUAGAUGGCAGUCUCUUGUGAGCUGGCCACCCUGUGCUUCAGUCCAGCCUUAUUAUUUUGGUUACCUUACCCUUUUCUGCCCCUUUCACCAACCCUGUGAUUUCCCUUUUGAAAUGGAGCGUCAGCACAGCAUAUAGGAUUCCAAAAUGGGACUGCAUCAUACAUAAUAUAUGAAGGGCAGCGCUAUGAUGCUGGCAGUUUUAUUCUCUCUGUCUUCCCUAAUCACCCCAGCAUGGAAUUUGCUCUUUUGGCUGUAUUCCAGAGUAUCACAAAGUGUUCCAGACAACGGAACAUUGAGCUGAAAGCUUGCAGAACAUUAACAGAAUGUUAAAACUUAGCGUGUCUCUAGAAAAGGACAUCCUUGGGGUUUUUUUUAAAGCGUCCACCUCUUGCGUGUGAAAUUAGAGCACCCUCUGGUGGAAGUCAUUGACAUUCAGUACUAAGUGUUCUGCUUUUUGUAGGUAGGACAGUAAAAAAGGUAAAAAAGGGUAAAGGACCCCUGGAUGAUUUGUUGUUGUUGUUGUUUAGUCGUUUAGUCGUUUAGCCGUUUAGUCGUGUCCGACUCUUCGUGACCCCAUGGACCAGAGCACGCCAGGCACUCCUGUCUUCCACCGCCUCCCGCAGUUUGGUCAGACUCAUGUUCGAAGCUUUGAGAACACUGUCCAACCAUCUCGUCCUCUGUCGUCCCCUUCUCCUUGUGCCCUCCAUCUUUCCCAACAUCAGGGUCUUUUCCAGGGAGUCUUCUCUUCUCAUGAGGUGGCCAAAGUAUUGGAGCCUCAGCUUCAGGAUCUGUCCUUCCAGGGAGCACUCAGGGCUGAUUUCCUUCAGAAUGGAGAGGUUUGAUCUUCUUGCAGUCCAUGGGACUCUCAAGAGUCCCCUCCAGCACCAUAAUUCAUAAUGGUUAAAUCCAGUCAAAGGGGACUAUGGGGCGCUCAUCUUGCUCUCAGGCCGAGGGAGCCGGUGUUUGUCCACAGACAGCUUUCCGGGUCAUGUGGCCAGCCUAACUUCUGGCGCAACGGGACACCGAGACAGAACCCAGAGUGCAUGGAAAUGCUGUUUACCUUCCUGCCACAGCAGUACCUAUUUAUCUACUUGCACUGGCAUGCUUUCUAACUGCUAGAUUGGCAGGAGCUGGGACAGAGCAACAGGAUUGAAUCCAUUAUGGGGAUUCAAACCGCUGACCUUUCGAUCGGCAAGCCCAAGAGCAGGGGCCUGCAAACUUUUUCAGCAGGGGACCAGUCCACUGUCCCUCAGACCUUGUGGGGGGCUGGACUAUAUUUCGAAGGAAAAAAAUGAAUAAAUUCCUAUGCCCCACAAAUAACCCAGAGAUGCAUUUUAAAUAAAAGCACAUUCUACACUUGUAAAAACACCAGGCAGGCCCCACAAAUAACCCAGAGAUGCCUUUAAAAUAAAGGGGCACAUUCUGCUCAUGUAAAAACACACUGAUUCCCAGACUAUCUGCAGGCCAGAUUUAGAAGGUGAUUGGGCCGGAUCCGGUCCCCGGUCCUUAGUUUGCCUAUCCAUGCUCAAGAGGCUCAGUGGUUUAGACCAUCGCCCCCUGUGUCCCAGGUAGGACAGUAGCCUUAUGUUUGUCUGAUUCUUGGAUUUUUCAAAAAGGAAUUGCACAGUGCAGGGCCUGCCACACUAAAGGCUUGAUCCCUAGUGAAGGCCAACUGAACCUCAGGAGGCUUGACACUUCAGAGGAUCUCAGUGACUGAGAUGGAGCAUACGGAAACAGGCAGUCCCUUAGGUACUUUGAGCCCAAGUUGUUUAGGGCUUUGUGGAUUAACAUAAGCACCUUGAAACAGGCCUGAUCGCAAACAGACAGACAAAAUGACUUUCGAUAGACAGGGCAGUUUACUCAGAUGUAAGUCUCACUUUUUUCCCGGCGGGGCAUAUUCCCAUGAUACACAGGACAAACUGAGAAUAUAGAGAACAGCUUAAUUCAACACAGGACGGUGCUAGAAUGUGGCUGCCAUGUUUUUAUGGUGGUGGCCAUCUUUUCCCGCCCCCUCCCCCCAUUUUCAAAAUGGAGUCCCAAGGCCUGCGUUCUUCAGUGCCUUUGGGCAUCAGUAUCUACCCAAGCCUGCCUUUUGGUGGUGUCAGGCCUGGUUAUAAGAGGGGACAUGUGAAGAAGGGAAUGUGAUUGUGCAUGGUGUACAGAAAGUGGACAGGAAUAGGUUUUCCUUUCUCUUGUCUCAUAAUACUAGCGCUUGGGGCUAUACAACGAAGCUGAAUAUUGGAAGUUCUAGGACAGACAAAAGGAAGUGUUUCUUCACACAGAACAGGGUCAAGCUAUGGAAUUCUCUCCCACAAUUAGCAGUGAUGGGCACCAGCUUGGAGCUCUGCUGCAUUGGUGAUAGUCAUCUGGUUAUCCACUGUGGGGGGGGGGGAGGAUUCUGGUAUAGAUGGGUCCCUUUGUUCUGAUCUGGCAGAGUUCUUUUUAUGUUCUCAAGUCUCAUUAAAAGCAUCCCAUCCUAGGUUAACUUGCAACCCAUUGGUUUCAAUGUGACAUACUAUAAUUGAUGUUAUGCGGAUCAGGCCAGUAUUAAUAGCUCAUAAUUUUUGCAGAGGGGUGUGUAUAAUGCAAAGGGGUCAUCUUUGCUCUUCAUUCUCUCGCUUCCUUCCCCCUUUGCAGCUAAGUGUCGCUAUGCAUUGGGCAUGCAGGAUCGCACCAUCCCGGAUGAGGCCCUCUCAGCCUCCAGCUCGUGGUCCGACUCGACGGCCGCCAAACACAGCAGGUGACGAUGGCCUUUGAAAUUUAAAGUUGUAGCUUGUUUUUCCCCCUUGCAGUUGUAAAAUACAUCGCAGUUGUACACAGUUGUACCCUCGUAGACCUGACUAAGGUCUUUUGACCAGGUCAGCUGGAAAGGACGGUUCAUGCUGUUCAAUAAGAUAGGAUGCCCGCCCCAAGCUCCAUGAUGAUGAUGAUGAUGAUAAUAAUAAUAAUAAUAAUAAUAAUAAUUUGUUUGUACCCCGCCCAUCUGGCUGAGUUUCCCCAGCCACUCUGGGCGGCUUCCAACAAAGAUUAAAAAUACAUUAAAAUGUCACACAUUAAAAGCUUCCCUGAACAGGGCUGCCUUGAGAUGUCUUCUAAAUGUCAGGUAGUUGUUUAUCUCUUUGACAUCUGCUGGGAGGGCGUUCCACAGGGCGGGCGCCACUACCGAGAAGGCCCUCUGCCUGGUUCCCUGUAGCUUUGCUUCUCGCAAUGAGGGAACCGCCAGAAGGUCCUCGGCGCUGGACCUCAGUGUCCGGGCAGAACGAUGGGGGUGGAGACGCUCCUUCAGGUGUACUGGACUGAGGCCGUUUAGGCCUCCCACAUGUCUUCCACGUGAACAAGUGCGGCACCGUCCAGUACGACUGUCGUUCUUGGACCCCUUCCCUAUAAAGAGCAGUGUGAAAUAGGGCCGUGUUCUUACCCCAACUCUCUUUGGGGUAGUCUUCCUGUUGCCCUCUUAUUCCUUCAGCUCAACGUUGUGGACAUCCAUCCAAGGAGGGAUGGGGUGGUCUGCUCAACCUGGCGUGUGAGAAAAAUAGCAUGCAAGAGGUGCUAGGUAAAGAUAAAGGGACCCCUGACCAUUAGGUCCAGUCGUGACUGACUGGGGUUGUGGCGCUCAUCUCGCUUUACUGGCCGAGGGAGCUGGCGUACAGCUUCCGGGUCAUGCGGCCAGCAUGACUAAGCCACUUCUGGCAAACCAGAGCAGCGCACGGAAACGCCGUUUACUUUCCCACGGGAGCGGUACCUGUUUAUCUACUUGCACUUUGACGUGCUUUUGAACUGCUAGGUUGGCAGGAGCAGGGACCGAGCAACGGGCGCUCACACCGUCAUGGGGAUUCGAACCGCCGACCUUCUGAUCGGCAAGUCCUAGGCUCUGUGGUUUAACCCACAGCGCCACCCGCAUCCCUUGCAAGAGGUGCUAGGGCGACUUAAAUGUGAUUUGUGAAAUCUACCCCUGCCCAAAUACAGGUUCGUUAACAUAUCUACCUUUCUGUCUUCUCCCUUUUCCUGCUCUCCAGGUUGGCGCUGAGCGAGGGAGAUGGAGCCUGGUGCCCUGCAGGACCCGUCUACCCUAACGAUGCGGAGUACUUGGAGAUAGACCUGCGGCGGCUGCACUUCUUAACCUUGGUGGGCACGCAGGGUCGCCAUGCGAGCGGUCACGGCAAAGAGUUUGCCCGCUCCUACCGGCUACACUACAGCCGGGACGGGCACCGCUGGAUGCCUUGGCGGGACCGGUGGGGCAACGAGGUAAGCGAGGGGCAGAGCUGAAGUGAGCGCAGGUGAAGGCAGCCAAUGGGAGGCGGGGAGGUGGGGCUAGCGGAAGGCGUGGCAUUCACCGCUCGUGUGAUCAAAUGUUAGGCUAAGUUGCAAUGUCAUCGCUUAAAGAAAUAUUAGUGGACGGCUACAAAAUGUGGAAUCGCAUAUAUGGGGUAAAUUUGUAUGAUGGCGUAAAUUUGGUGAAUUUCAGAGGCUUUAUUAUGGCAGAGGCUUUAUUAUUCAUUAGGGAUGCGGGUGGCGCUGUGGGUUAAACCACAGAGCCUAGAACUUGAUGAUCAGAAGGUCGGCGGUUCGAAUCCCCGUGAUGGGGUGAGCUCCCGUUGCUCGGUCCCUGCUCCUGCCAACCUAGCAGUUCGAAAGCACAUCAAAGUGCAAGUAGAUAAAUAGGCACCGCUCCCGCGGGAAGGUAAACCGCGUUUCCGUGUGCUGCUCUGGUUCGCCAGAAGCGGCUUAGUCAUGCUGGCCGCAUGACCCGGAAGCUGUACACCGGCUCCCUUGGCCAGUAAAGCGAGAUGAGAGCCGCAACCCCAGAGUCUGCCACGACUGGACCUAAUGGUCAGGGGUCCCUUUACCUUUACCUAUUAUUCUGUAUUUUUUAAAAAAAUCUUUAGCAGGUAAAGAUUUCAUUUUUCAAUGAUCAAAAUUAGAUAGAUUUUCAUAAAAUAAUCUUAAUUGCCAGGCAACCUUACUGUUGUUUCAGGGCAGAGUUUGAAACGUUUAGAGAUGCACUUAAAGUAGUUGCCAAGCGAAGGGAGGUUCCAGGUGUUUGAUGGGAAUGGAGCAGGUUGUGUCAAAGGUUUUUAUCUGGGCUUGCUUUCAAGGCUUAUAGAGCCCUUUGGAAAUCUGUAGCAAAGUCUUUUUCUUACUCAGGUGGAAAACCUGUUUCUGUUCUGCCCUGCUUCAGACUACAGGUGGAGUGUGCCUUUUCUCAGCAGAUAGCACAGAUGUUGGGAAAAUGCCCGGGGGGGGGGGCCGCAAGCCCCCGAAACUCUGAGCAUCCUUCGGUAUGCGCAGCUCUGGAAAAGGCACCUCCCUUUUCUUCUAGUGCGCCUCCUAGUGACAUAUACCAGCUGGUGUAUGCACACUAAUCUUCUGGCAUAACACAGCAAGAAGAGUGAGACAUCGUAGAGCUAAUCUACUAUUUAGUGACACACUAUGUACAGACAAGGGACGUGGGUGGCGCUGUGGGAUAAACCACAGAGCCUAGGACUUGCCGAUCAGAAGGUCGGCGGUUAGAAUCCCCACGACGGGGUGAGCUCCCGUUGCUCGGUCCCUGCUCCUGCCCACCUAGCAGUUCGAAAGCACGUCAAAGUGGAAGUAGAUAAAUAGGUGCCGCUCCGGAGGGAAGGUAAACAGCGUUUCUGUCCGCUGCUCUGGUUCGCCAGAAGCGGCUUAGUCAUGCUGGCCACAUGACCCGGAAGCUGGACGCCAGCUCCCUCGGCCAAUAAAGCGAGAUGAGCACCACAACCCCAGAGUCGUCCGCAACUGGACCUAAUGGUCAGGGUCCCUUUACCUUUACCUUUAUGUACAGACAAAAGCAUAAUGGCGUCCGUUCUCUCCAGCUCCGAGAGAACAAAAAGAAAUAAAUAAAAGCGAAAGUAUAGUGUAAUAGUACCUGCAGCAGAAGAGAUAAGACUCUCUUCCUUUCCCAGGAGGAGUGAAAUUGCUAACAUCAGGUGUGGUGUUGCUGCUUACUUCACCCCCCCCAUCAGUUGCAUCGCUGGAAUUCAAGGGGGCAAGGUGAGACAGUGGUGCACGGUCGUCCCUGUGCAAACACACCUGCAGAGCCAAUCUGGCCCUCCUGCUGGUGUGUUUGCACUGGACCAACCUCACCUCUGCCUUGCCCCUACCUCUCCGCCUCCUGGUAGGGAGAAGCGAUCCAACUGACUGGAGGUCAGUUGAGCUGCAACGUCUCACCUACGCUGCCCGCUACUGAGAAAGGUGUAUUUCAUCAUGGGAACCCCCACUCCACCUGCAUUCCGGAGGGGGACAGGACUAGAAACCAGUUUUGCAGCCAGCCUCUCCACAAAAAGGGAAUCCUCCACAUGUGAAGACAGCAUGUCAGGGAGAAGGCUGGGCAAGAACCGUUCUUGAUGACCUGUAGUUUUCUGUUUAGAUGGAGUUUUUCGCUCUCUGAAGUGGGAGAGCCCAGAAACAGGUUUACAUCUCUUUGAGGACUGGCUCUGUGUCUAAUACAGUGGUACCUCGGGUUACAUACGCUUUAGGUUACAUACGCUUCAGGUUACAGACUCCGCGAACCCAGAAAUAGUGCUUCAGGUUAAGAACUUUGCUUCAGGAUGAGAACAGAAAUUGUGCUCCGGCGGCACGGCAGCAGCGGGAGGCCCCAUUAGCUAAAGUGGUACUUCAGGUUAAGAACAGUUUCAGGUUAAGUACGGACCUCCGGAACGAAUUAAGUACUUAACCCGAGAGAGGACCUUUCCUAGUAUGGUAGGCCGAUCUUUUUGCUUAUGCACUACUUCCCAGUUAUAGUCCUGACAAUGCACUGUGCGCUGCCUACACCAGAGAUGGCUAGUGUGACUCCCUCCAGUUGUUUCUGGACUACAGUGGUACCUCGGGUUAAGUACUUAAUUCGUUCCGGAGGUCUGUUCUUAACCUGAAACUGUUCUUAACCUGAAGCACCACUUUAGCUAAUGGGGCCUCCUGCUGCCGCUGCGCCGCUGGAGCCCGAUUUCUGUUCUCUCCCUGAAGCAAGGUUCUUAACCCAAGGUAAUAUUUCUGGGUUAGCAGAGUCUGUAACCUGAAGCGUUUGUAACCUGAAGCAUAUGUAACCUGAGAUACCACUGUAUAGCUUUUGUCAUCCCUGAUGGAUUGGGCUGAUGGAAGUCUGAGUUCAGCAGCACCCGGAAGGCCACAGGUUGUCCAUCUCUGGCUUUAAAAACUCCACCAAUGUCUUUACUCAAAUGCCAGAGCUCAGAAUUGCCAUUGCCUGCGCAGGUUCCCAAGCAGUGACAGAAAACUAACUUCCUGCCCCUUAGGUGAUUUCGGGUAAUGAAAAUACAGAAGAAGUGGUGCUGAAGGACCUGGGGCCCCCGGUUAUUGCCCGUUACGUCCGCUUCUACCCCCGUGCGGACCGAGUCAUGAGUGUCUGCCUGCGUGUGGAGCUCUAUGGCUGCGUCUGGAAAGGUGAGCCAGCUGAUUUAUUUUGUCCUUGACGCAACAACACGGUCCAGCUCUUUUCCUGCGCUCACCUGCAUAUGCAGAGCCAGUGCGAUGUGGUGGUUACAGCAACCUUCCCCAACCUUGAGUCCGCUAGAUGUUUUCGGACUACAACUCCCAUCAUCCCAACCCUUUGACCGGGCUUGCUGGGGCUGAUGGGAGUUGUAGUUCAAGGGAAAUUCCUGGACGGCAUCAGGUUUGAUGGUAUUAGGUUAGAUAGACCAACCGUCUGACUGAACAGAAGGCUCCUUCGUAUGUUCCUGUUUUCCUCACCCCCUCUUGUGGUUUACUCCACAUACCCAAAAGCCUUUGCUGCACGUGAAACUUGAUCCUCCUGAGGCCUUUCAUCAGCUUAAGGUCUUCUUCUGAGUGUGUUUGUUUUCUUCCACCAGAUGGACUUCAGUCGUACACGGCUCCUCUCGGCCAGGUCAUGCCUCUAGUUCCAGAACCAGUCUACCUGAAUGACUCCACUUACGAUGGGCACAGCGUCAGCAAGUGAGUGAGUGAACAUCCCCGCCCCCCUGUUGUUGAAUUCUGUGCUUGGGUGGCCCUAAAAGCACGGCAAUCCCAGCCUGAAACUUCAGCUUCAAAGGGUGGGUUCAGAUGACUAGGUUAGUCACAUGACAGCUGCAGACAUCACAUGAUGCGUCUGGUUAUCUGAAGAUUUCAUCACCUGUCAGUUCACUGGGUUAUGUUAGACCGACCAGCUUUCCGUCAGCCUGGUGGUCUUCAGAUGUUUUUGACUACAACUCCCAUCAGCCCUUACUAGCGUGGCCAAUGGCCCGGGAUUAUGGAGUUGCACUUCAAAAUGUGUUCAGACGUUUGGUUCAUCUCCUGAGAAAACAGGAAGGGAACUUCUGUUUGGUCAUCUUGUGAAAGGGGCUGCAAGCCGAUUGUGUGACUCCACCCAAAGAGAGUUUCUCAUUGUUUAAUAGUUGUGGAGUUCAAACAGCCGGAAGCUCAGGGUGUCAUCUGGAGCAAAUCACAUUCUUAGCCCGGGUUGCCUUUUUUAUAAAACGGAGGUGAGAUAGGACUAUGACAGGAUUUGUGCUGGGGAAAAAUGCAGACAUGAACAACAAGAACAUUAACAGAAGGAGGGCCCAGCGUUAGGUGGGUGACCCAUAGCGAUAGAUAACUGCAUGAGAAAAAGGAAAGAAGAGGAGAUAGGGGCUGAAUGAGAGAAGAAAACUAAAUAAAGGUGUCUAAAACUUAUUAGCUUCAUAUUGGCCACCUGCCUUAUUACACCUUCUGCCACACCAGCCAAAUUCUGAAAAUAUUGAGGAACCUUCUAAACACUAUAGCUGUGCUGCGGCAGCCAAGUUUUCUGUGUUCUUGAUCUUGUAGUGUAUCUGUAGCAUCGAAAGACCUGUAGCCAUGAGGAAGGCACAGCUGUGUGGGUCUUUUCCAUGGCAUGGGGCCUUUUCUCUUCUACAUAACCAGCUUCACUUGUCCAGUUCUGGAGGAGCUUGAGUCUCACAGGGAAAGCAGGUAGCAAGUCAGAAACACAUCAGAGGAGAGCGAGAGCAUAGAUAAGGACCUUGGGCAGCUCCAGGUAAACCAUACUGGCUGAAGCAUCUUCCUCUUGUUAUCUGCUUUAGGAUUAUACUUUGGCCAGCAGAGUCCCCCUUGGAGCUGUCCGAGGUACCGUUCUCAUCUGCUUUCUCCUUUGUGACUUGCCUUCCUGUGAGCCUGCCAUAGAAGAUGUUGUCUCAGCAGGGAGCUAGAGCCAGCCAGAGCCUCAUGUAGGCUGCCAGGACCCAGACUGCAUUCAGCUCUGGAGGAACCGACUGGGCUGUUAAAGGAGCCCUUGCUUAUUUUGCAGUCUUUGACUUCUGCAAGGCUGGGAAGCUGGAGACACUCAGGGGACUCGUUCUCUGAUCAGAGGAUGGUGGAAGGGCUGCUGUGUCUUCCAGCCAGCGAGGUGGGCUCCAGAUAAUUAAGCACUGACAGCUCCUUCCCUGCACCCAGGAAACAGGCUGAAUCUUGUCUGUAUCUUAUAUCUCCACCUGCUAGAUCUCUGUGUUGCUGAUCAUGGCAUUGGCCAUAUGGUUGCAGGUCUUUAAAUUCUAUGUCAAUAUUUAGAACGAAUACGUAGAAAUGCACUCUCCUUCACACUACUGUGACGUUUAAGGGGCGCCUUGGUUCGUCCCAAGUGCCCAGUGUUUUCUUUCCCCCCGUAGUGACUCCCUUGCAACUCUAUUCUAUUCCAUUCUAACCACAGCUUGCAUUUUGGGGGCCUUGGCCAGCUGACCGAUGGGGUGGUUGGCUUGGACGAUUUCACCCACAACAAAGAGCUGCGCGUCUGGCCAGGGUACGACUACGUAGGCUGGAGGAACAGCUCUUUCCCCAAGGGCUUCGUCGAGAUGGAGUUUGAGUUUGACCAGCUCAGAGCCUUCACUUACAUGAAGGUAAGCGAGUGUCAUGGUUGGAGUCAGGUCAGCAACGAAAACAAUAAGUCACCUGAGACCAGUGCAGUUAAUUCUUGAUUCGAGGAAGCAAAACUCAGCUCAGGCUUAGUGGUCUCAGCAACUCUUUCCAGGAGAGAUCUUGCCCGAUGAAGCAGUAGCCAGGACUGAAGGAGAGGGGAGCUGGUUGCAGUAGGGGGAGACACCCUAUAUUCUUCAGCACCCUGUCGCCACUCUGCUUCCUGGCUACUCUCCCCUCCAGCCUAUGCUUCAGCCUCAGAGUCAGAGUCUGAACUCCUCUCUUCCGCAGCUUCUUCCUGUUCACUAAACCCUGUCACCUCUCCUGCUGCUGACAUCUCCCCCUUCCAGUCUGCUCCCUCUUCUCCCUCUAACCACUCAUCGUCAUCUCACCAGCCUCCUUCUGUAGUUUUCAGAUAAACGCGCUUUCUAACCUGGCCUUUAACGCUUGGGAACUUUGUAAUAGGAACCCACCUUCCUCCUGUGACAAAUAAGGAAAACCUGUAGCAGAAGCAGCUUUUUAAGCUCUGCUCAUUCCUUACAGGCACAGGCGCUGAGUUGCACCCAACAUUGGGGGGGGGGAGCCUGAUGUCACACGCAUGAUGUGCAUUGUGUGUGUGACAUCAUGGGCAUUGCGUGCUGCUUGCGUGAUGACUUUUGUAUCGGGAGAGGCCAAGCAGGUUUCCUUCUGAUGCGACAUUCUCACGCUGGUCUGCACGGCGUCUUCCCACACUUCGUGGCCCGGGACAGCUUCCCGCCAGGCCUCCUCUGUCCCCUCAAGACUGCAGGGGCUGAGCUCCUUCCUAACAAACAUGGGUGUGUGUGUAUGGCUGUAGAGGCCUCAGGCCCAUAGAGCUGGCCCACCUUCUCACAGGGUUAGGGGAGGGUUGUGGAAGGCCUCUGAGACUCAUGGCCCUGUGAGAUCUCAUGGGAGCCUCCCAGAGGCCUCGCAUGACCCAGAGCCCUGUAAGCAAGGCGAAAGGCUUAGAAGUGGUUUUUUGUGCAGGGAAAACCCUGUGGAACGCCCCACAAAAUCUCUCAAGAGCCCCCAAAGCCUGAAAAGUUAAAGGUCUCCCUUUCUAUUUAUUUAUUCAUGGUCUGUGUAAGCUUGCGAUCGUGUGAGUAAAAUGAGUGUUCAGUUGCGAUCAACCUAUAGACGAUGAUGGGGAUGGCAGGGGAAUAAGCUUGCUUCACAAUGGCCUCUCCUCUAACCCUCUUCUUUUCCUCCCGCUGCCCCAAUCCAACCUCCCUGCCCAACCCCAGGUCCACUGCAACAACAUGCACACGCACGGGGUGAGCGUCUUCCGGCAGGUGGACUGCCUCUUCAAGCGCAGCCUGGCCACGGCCUGGGAGCCCACGCCUGUCUCGCAACAACUCGCCGUGGACGUGAGGGAUCCCAGCGCCCGCUCCCUCACGGUGGACCUGGGAGGGCGGCUCGGCAAGUUCGUCCAGUGCCACUUCCACUUUGCUGGCGAGUGGAUGCUUUUCAGCGAAGUUGGCUUUCUCUCUGGUGAGUUGGGGUUGGUUGGCUGGGCGCAGAGCCAUGCAGGUGGAGAGCAGAAGAGGCUGAGCGAGAGUUUGAACCCUUGUCUCCCAGGUCCCGGCCCAGCGCUCUAAUUGCUAUUCUACAAUUGUUGUUACAGUUAUUUGUCGUAUCCACUCCUUUCGUCACUUGGUUAUCCUUCGCAUUUCCUUUUCCUUCCAGACGUUGUGGAUGACCCCUCCUUCUCGGCCUCAAGUCGCCGCCCUCCAGUGAUCGCUCUGCCUCACCCCUCAGGCCACGACGCUCCCAUCUCACCGGCUCUGGGUUCUGCGCAGAGCGAAAAAGCCAACAUUGGCUCAAACCUCACGCUCCAAGGUGAGUAGCCCUCAAACCUGAGAGCAAAGCUACCUAAGGAAUAAUUUCGCCCACCCUGAGCCCAAAAUUCCACCUGUUUCAAAAUGGCGGUGCUCGGAGGCCAUGAAUGGACUUUAUUAUUAUUUUUCUCCGUUUCUUUUUAAGAUCUGGAAAGUCAAGGGGAACCAAAAUCAGGACAGCCCAUUGCAAAGGACGACAACAGCAACACCUCCAUCCUGAUUGGGUGCCUGGUGGCCAUCAUCCUUCUCCUAUUGGUUGUCAUCUUCCUCAUCCUCUGGCGGCAAUAUUGGCAGAAGAUCUUGGGGAAGGUAAGCUGGGCUGCAUCACGGGAAGGAUGAUGAAAUGGGUGGCCAUGGUUUCAAUGGUCCCCAAUUAAGGUGGUCUUACCGCUUUGGAGUGGGCAACUUAAGUUUUAAAUUAAAUGCUUAAGUGCAUUUAAGACUUUGUUAACUCAGCCCAACUUUUGCUGGCUAAGACACAUCUGAUUGCAUUGAUUAGAAAUAGAAUCUUACUUUUAGAUAUACUGCUGUAAAGGUUUGUUUUUAAAGCAUGUGGAAUUAAGGAUCGCUCCCCUGUUGAGGAGCCCACCCGCUGCGUCUCUGCAUGACUCCCUGAUCAGGGUAGGGCCUCUCACUCAGUGGGGAAAGGUGGCUUUGGAUGCAGUAGGGCGCCUCCAGUUAAAAGGAUAUCAGCUAGAAUUUUCUCUGCCCGAGACCCUGGAGAGCCCCUUAUACUCACAUCAACCCUGCGGAGUAGGUUGGGCUGAGUGAUAGUGCCUGCCCCAAAACCAGGCUGUUAACUUCAUGGCCAUGGGGCUUUGUAUGCUGGAGCCUUGUCCGGAAUGACACUGGCUUUCUUAGGUCUACUGGGAUUCUGGGGUGCACUUGUAGGGCACCCUUAAAAGGCUACAAGGGGCACUAGGCCUCUUGGGCCCAGCUAACAGCCUACCUGAAUGGGAAACAGUUUCGGAAUGUGCCCAGCGACUCCCCUACAACAUGCAGAGGAAGGACCCACUGAGGACACUGAUGACUGGCCACAGAGAGCCAAUGAACAUGAUUGUCAUUACAGUGGUACCUCGGGUUAAGAACCUAAUUCAUUCCGGAGGUCUGUUCUUAACCUGAAACUGUUCUUAACCUGAGGUACCACUUUAGCUAAUGGAGCCUCCUGCCGCCGUGGCGCAAUUUCUGUUCUCAUCCUGAGGUAAAGUUCUUAACCCGAGGUACUACUUCAGGGAUAGCGGAGUCUGUAAUCUGAAGCGUCUGUAACCCAAGGUACCACUGUAUUUAUUGAAUGUAUGACUGAGGGGGGGCGGAGUCUUUUGGGGCAGCUUGUCUGCCAUUACCAAUCUCCUCAUAAAGUAACCUCUGAUAAACUUCUGAGGGACCCAGCUUGGGAUCCACCACUAGGUAGGCCGAGAGAGAGCCAACAGUUCUGGAAUGAUCUGAGGCGCAGGAGAAUCUGUGGGGUUAAAGACCAGGGUAGGGUCCAAAGACACAGAAAGUCAGCACCUUGCGGAAGCUCAACAAGUUUGGGUUGGGUCAGUGCUUGGUGAGUGGCCGCCUGGACAACGCCAUGACAGGAAGGCAUGGUAUAAAUAAAGGGAUGUCAAGACUCCCCUCAGUUUCUCAAAGGAGAAGUAGAAUUGGGCGAAUUAAUGCCUUGAGGGCCUGAGCAAUGUGAGGCUCGCACUUCUGUCAUGGCCUCUCGAGCGACUGACACUUCCAUGCCCCUUAGGCGCAACGUCGCAUCUCGGACGACGACCUCACCGUCCACCUGUCGGCGCCAAGCGACACCAUCGUCAUCAACAACACGAUGGGCUCCCACCGGCACUCGAACCGCUACGAGCGCAUCCACUCGGGGGAGACGGAGUACCAGGAGCCCAACAGGGCCCGCAUGAAACUGCCGGAUCUGCCCCACAGCGCCGAGAACUCCGGUGAGGGGCCGGUUGUGGGAUUCUGGGGAGGGCGGAGCUGAACUAAAACGGGGGGACGUUGUGGUUUUGCAGAAGAGAAGUCCGAAGCUGUUGAGGGGAGCGGCGAGCGAAUGGUUGAACCGUUGGGAGAGGCUUUUGUAGGGGUGGGGUUAGACGGGAACAUCUGAGGGUCAGAGCAACCUAGGUAAGUGGUCAGAGCUAGGGAGCACAUAGAAAACCUAAGUUCCUCCACAGGAUCUUCGUACCAUUGGCCUAUCUAGACCAGCAUGGUCUACCCUGACCGGAAGUGGUUGCCUGGGGUUUCCGGUAAUGUUUUUCUCCCAGUCCCCACUGGAGGGAUUGAGCAGAAGCGACCUUCUGCAUGCAGCGCAGGUGUCCAGCUACUGCGCUGUGGCUCUUUGCCCAGAUCAUAGGGCGAUUCUUCCCUGCCUCUUUUCACUUGUUCAAGUGAACAUUCUUGUCCUUGGGGUGUUGAAUUCUCAGCCCAGCACCAAAUUCCACACUUCUGCGGUAUGUCUGCAGAAAGCUCAGAGAGGACUCGGCUGUUGGGAGGUGUGGGAGAUUGCUGCUCGUCUCGCUUCGUGCUGAAAGGGGCCACGGUUGCUUAGGAAGAAUCUUGAGCUUCUGUCAAAAGCACCAAAGUCUCAGUAGGGAGGGGAAGGGCUGCACCUGAAGAGCAGAGUGCAUGCUCCACAGUUUAGACAGGGGUCAGCAAACUUUUUCAGCAGGGGGCCCGUCCACUGUCCCUCAGACCUUGUGGGGGCUGGAUUAUAUUUUUUGGGGGGAAAUGAACCAAUUCCUAUGCCCCACAAAUAACCCAGAUAUGCAUUUUAAAUAAAAGCACACAUUCUACUCAUGUAAAAACACGCUGAUUCCCAGACUGUCCACAGGCCGGAUUUGGAAGGCGAUUGGGCCGGAUCCAGCCCCCGGGCCUUAGUUUGCCUAUCCAUGGUUUAGGGAAGUUCUCCGGCGUCUCCAGAUAGGGCGGUGAGAGACCCCCUGUUUGAAAGCCCAGGGGGUUGUUGCCCGUCAGCUUAGACAAUACUGAGUCAUAUAUCACUGGUGUAAAUCUGGCUCCUACGAACACCUGGAAAACAUGCAAACCAGGUGAAAGAUUUCGUAUUGACGAAUAACCGUUUAACUAGUGAAGUGGUUGGUUCCAAUCCUUUCAACUCGUUGGGGGUCCUAACCAACCACAGACGACGGUAGAAACAACGACAGCAACUAAAAUCCCCCCCCCUCAAUUUCUACCUCUUCUCUCAGUAAAGAGGUUGAGUAUUCUGUGAUGUUCCAGCCUGCCUACCUGCUUGUUCCUGUUGUUCAAAGAAUGUUGUUAAAACAGCAUAUAUAUAUAUAUAUGUAUGACCUAGCACAGUUCAAAAGUUCGAAAGCACUUUAAACGUGCAAGUAGAUAAAUAGGUACCACUCCAGUAGGAAGGUAAACGGGGUUUCCGUGCGCUGCUCUGGUUCUCCAGAAGCGGCUUAGUCAUGCUGGCCACAUGACCCGGAAGCUGUACGCCGGCUCCCUCGGCCAAUAAAGCGAGAUGAGCGCCGCAACCCCAGAGUCGGUCACGACUGGACCUAAUGGUCAGGGGUCCCUUUACCUUUACCUAGCACAGUGAAACUACUUAUUUAACACUGUAGAAUACUCAAUAAAAGGGCCUGAAAAAAAUUAAUAGUGUUUUUUACCUGGCACCAAGAAGGUGUUAAAUUCAAAAUCAGGGGUGUCACCACCAAAUAGGCUCUCUCUCUCUUUGCUAGUCUGAUGGGUGGUGGGACCCCGGGGAAGAGCCUUCAAGGCAUCUCUUAAUGUACACAUAAGCUGACCUGGGAAAAGCAAGUCCUCACAGUACUUGAGACCCAAACAGGUUUUUUUUUAAUAUAUCUAGGAGGGUCGUAAUGUAUUUCUGUUUUUCUGAGUUAUCGUUUUAGGUGCUCGCAUAUUGAUUUAUUGAAUUUAUAUCUUACCAGGAUUGCAAACAGAUACACAAUUUGAGAGUGAAAACAUUCUAAAAUAGUCUUAAAACAAUUACAGUUAAAAACAUUGAAAAGCAGUUACCAUUAAAAACCUAUUGAAACCACUUGCAGGUUGUUGUGGUUUUUUUUAAAAAAAAAUAAAUGAAAAAAUUAAAUUCUUCCACCCAGCGAUUUCAGGGCUUUUCAGCAACAGUAAUCUUCAGCCAACAAGUGCUUGGGGAAACAGGAAUUUUUUCAAAUUCCUGCUGAAAGUUAAUAAAGGCAGAGACGCUUUAUGAUACUGUGAAGAGAUAUUUAUGUUGGGAACAAGCCAAAACUACCACUUUGUGGUUAAAAGGAAAGGGGGUCAUUAAUAUUUUAUUUUUAUUUCCCAUUAGAGUAACAAACCAGAGACAAAAUGCCUUUAAUAAACGACGACAAGGCAGGCCUUUUAAACGUGGAUUAAAAUUCACCACAUCAUUAAAGGAGAGCUUUACUGAUUAGUUUCCCAACUGAAGUAUUUAUUGUGAAAUAAAGGCAGCACUGCCAGCCACUAUAAUUCUGUAAUGUAUUUAGACACCUCUUUUACUGGUGGAACACACGGCUAAUCUUAUGCAAGGGUCUCUUGGAGUUCACUUCAGCAAUUCCGGCAAGCAAUGGCUCAGAUUGUGCAGCCCCUGUGAUUACCGUAUUUUUUGCUCUAUAAGACUCACUUUUUCCCUCCUAAAAAGUAAGGGGAAAUGUGUAUGCAUCUUAUGAAGCGAAUGCAGGCUGCGUAGCUAUCCCAGAAGCCAGAACAGCAAGAGGGAUUGCUGCUUUCACUGCGCAGCGAUCCCUCUUGCUGUUCUGGCUUCUGAGAUUCAGAAUAUUUUUUUUCUUGUUUUCCUCCUCCAAAAACUAGGUGCGUCUUGUGGUCUGGUGCGUCUUAUAGAGCGAAAAAUACGGUAACAUCUCAUAAUAAUAGAACAGCUCUCUAAUUGUGUGGGGUUUCUUGGGAUGUCUAGAAGGCUGGGCAGAGGGAGAAAGGGGUGCGGGUGUCCAAGGCCUGUGGGAAGGAGAUGUAACAACAAAGUAAAUGAGCCCAACGUCACCACAUACUUUUAGGGGUUUUCUUGGGGGGUUGCUUGCACGUGUCAAUACAAUAUGCUGUAUAUUGCUGGGCUUUUGCUGUGAACUGUUAGCAAGCUGUGAAUGUCUGGGUGACAUUCAAGGAAGGAAAGAAGGAAGCAGAGUGUUUUUAAAAGGAGCCAGGAAUCAAUGGGCCAAGCUAUAUGUCCAGCAAAACCAUCACAAGGGCCUAUUCAUACAGCAGAAUGGUGGGCUAGCUUUUAUAACGCUUCAUUGCAUGAAAGGAGCCCCUUGCAAGUAGAGAACCAGCACACCAAGAAGGCGGCUAGGUUUCUCUCCUUAUGUGCUAGUUGACUACAUGCAAGGAAGAACCUUUUGCACGAAUGAGCAUUUGAUAACGUGACACUGCCUGUGGUUAUGAGUGGUGCAGUCUAUAAUAAUAAUAAUAAUUUAUUAUUUAUACCCGGCCCAUCUGGCUGGGCUUCCCCAGCCACUCUGAGUGGCUUCCAACAAAAUAUUAAAAUACAGUAAUGCAUCAAACAUUAGAAGCUUCCCUGAACAGGGCUGCCUUCAGAUGUCUUCUAAAGGUCUGGUAGUUGUUGUUCUCUUUGACAUCUAGGAAGUCUAGGUCUAGGAGGGACUACGUCAUUUUGAUGGGUGUUUAGCUUUGCUCAGUGCUUUUCUGUUAUCUUGAGAGAGGGAAAAACGGAGAGGAGAACUGGGAAAGGAAGCCAAAAGAACAUCUAAAAAAAUGAAAAAUAUGACGAGGGAGGGAGAAUGAAGAUCCUGCAUGUUCUCCGCUCAUUUGAAGAGUUUGGAUUUGAUAUCCCGCUUUAUCACUACCCAAAGGAGUCUCAAAGCGGCUAACAAUCUCCUUUCCCUCUCUCUCCCACAACAUACACUCUGUGAGGUGAGUGGGGCUGAGAGACUUCAGAGAGAAGUGUGACUAGCCCAAAGUCACCCAGCAGCUGCAUGUGGAGGAGCAGGGAAUCGAACCCAGUUCACCAGAUUACGAGUCCACCGCUCUUAACCACUGCCCCACACGUUGCAGCUGUGGCUGCCCCUUCCCACCAUUACUGCAUUUUGUUCUGUGGCCCCAUCCUGUAGUCACUGUGUGUUCAACACAUACACACUCCACCCUCCAGAGAACCCCACAUUUCUGCCAACUACCCAGAGAUUAGUUACAGUUGUAGCCCGAGGCCUAGUUUACAGAAACAAGACCCAAGUUGGUGAAGCUCUUCUUGGAUUACACCACUUCAGAUUGCCGGAGGGAAGGAUCACUUGGCGAAAGUGCUCUCCUGGAGCGAGACAUGAAACCCCUGAUGGUUUCUGGUUAGUCCAGAAACCACCUCCUUGACAUUUGGUUUCUUCCACCUCUCAUAUCAGACAGGGGAUAUUUCCCAGCCCAACCGGGAGAUGACAGGAAUAGAAUAAUAAUAAUAAUAAUAAUAAUAAUAAUUAUUAUUAUUAUUAUUAUUUAUACUCUGCCCUCCCUGGCCAGAGUCGGGCUCAGGGCAGCUAACACCAAUAAAAUCACAGUAAAAACAUAAUAGGGGAAAAAGGGGGGGGGGGAGAAAAAAACCACCAAUUUAAAAUACAGGUUAAAAUGCAAUUUAAAAUGCAGCUUCUUUUUAAAGUAGCUGAUAAAUCAAGACCGUAAGGGGAGGGAAACAUAAGGGUCAGACCGAGUCCAAACCAAAGGCCUGGUGGAACAGCUCUGUCUUGCAGGCCCUGCGGAAAGAUGUCAAGUCCCUCAAGGCCCUAGUCUCUUGUGACAGAGCGUUCCACCACAUCGGGGCCAGGGCUGAAAAGGCCCUGGCCCUGGUUGAAACCAAUCUAAUCUCCUUGAGGCUCGGGACCUCCAAAGUGUUGUGGACCUUAAGGUCCUCUGCAGGGCAUACCAGGAGAGGCAGUCCUGUAGGUACAUGGCAUAGCUGUCAACUUACAGAUUUGAAAAUAAGGGACCAGCAGCCUCGAAAAUAAGGGAUCAGCAGCCAAAAUAAGGGAUUUUAGUCAACCAGCAGCCAAAUAAAGCCUCAAGCGGUGGUUCCCACAGCGCAGCAACCCGGCAAAGGGGAUGCAGCAAGGAAAACCACCGUCAUCUCUCCGCUGGGAAGCGCUGAGCAAACGCGAGUCCCCAGGCAAUGUGGCCGAUUUGAUUGGCACAAGGUAUGCAAGCUCCACCCCCCAUUUGUUCUCAGACUCCUUAUUCGGUGAGCAACGCAGCCAAGCAACACAGUUGGAGCCUCCCUCCUCCCUGGCCGGCAGGGAGCGAGGGAGAGUAGCUGCUUCCUUUGAAACCCGGGAAAUUUACGGGAUAUCAUCAAUCCGGGAUAGCAGCGGGAAACGGUGCUGGGAGAAGGGAGUUUGCCGCCAAAUAAGGGACGGUUGACAGCUAUGGUACAUGGGUCCUAGGUUGCAUAUGGCUUUAAAGGCUUUACUGGCUUCCUUGCAAGGACUUAGAGUGAGUUAGUGCAGGAGGGCUGGACAAGACUCCUUCCUUCUCUCCGAAGCGCUAACGAUGGUGUGUCGCCAUUAUUAUAUUACACGUCAUUUGGUGUCUGUGUCUCUGGCUGUUGUGUUUGGGACGAGAGCGCCCCGGCAAGGGACAGGGAUCCCUAAAGCGCUGCCUCUUCUCUGUGUCACGCCUUCCCUUCCGUGUGCGUCCUUCCAUCCGUCUGUCCGUUCCUCAUCCGUCCCGUUUGUUUUCUCCGCCCGCCCUCCCCGUUCUCCCGACAGCUCUGCUGCUCAGCAACCCGGCUUACCACCUCUUCCUGGCCACUUAUGCCCAGCCAAUGGGAAGGCCUGCUUUCCCGCCACCCAACCGGGUUAAGCCAAUCAACACCAAUGGUAAGGAGGGCGGCCAAACUCGUGUGGCGCGACGGGGGAAAAACCUGGGUGGCCACAUUCCAAGCUGAGAGAACCUUCUGCCUACUGCCAUUUCUCCCCCUCUCCUGCCAGGGGGCGCUGUCUGUCUCCAUCUCUCUUCCCACCCACCCUCCCCACACACCAUAUGUCUGUCCCCAGUUCAUUUCCCUCUUGUCUAUCCUGUGCAUGGCUAACCUCUCUCUCUCUCUCUGGCUCAGACAAUGUUGCAACUUUCCGCUUUGCAGGUUCUGCGACGCAGCAGCUUCCGGGGUGGCUGGAGGGGGCGAGGAUUUGCGCAGGGUCCCUUCUGCCCAGAGCUGAGAUCCAACUGGCUCUUGCGUUUGACCCGGCUGCUGGGUCCCUGCAAAAAGCAGCCAUCCUCAGGGCGGGGCAAAUAACCUCACCGCGUUAGCUGGGGGAAGUGGACUCGCUCCAUGUUUCCUUAUCCCUGUCUUUCGUUCCCACAGCUUGUGGCGCUGACUACAUGGAACCGGAAACCGCGGGCAGCCAGCCAGGCUUCCAGAACAACGUUCCGCAUUACGCUGAAGCUGACAUCAUCAACCUGCAAGGGGUGACUGGUGGGAACACCUACGCGGUCCCGGCUAUCGCGGUGGACGCCCUCGCUGGCAAGGACAUGGCGCUGGGCGAGUUCCCCCGGGAGAGGCUCGUCUUCAAGGAGAAGCUGGGCGAAGGGCAGUUUGGAGAGGUGAGUCCAUCUGUAGGUGUAGAAGGAAAUUUUUUAAGAUGAUGAAGGCUGCUGUGGAUGAUUGUUUCGGAGGGAAGACGGGAUGGACUUUUAAAGAAACAUAACAGCAGAGCACAAGGGGAAGGGACGCAGGAAAUGUACCUUUCACUGAGUCAGACCUCUGGUGCACCAGCUCUGCAUUGCCUCUGUCAGGAGCAGCCAAAGUGGUUCUCUCCACAUCCUGUUGAAUUUUCAGCUGCUGUCAUCCCCAUGUGAACUACUGGACCACCUCUCCCCAUAUUAUUAUUAUUUAUUGAAUUUAUAGAAGAGCGGUAGACUUGUAAUCUGGUGAACCGGGUUCACUUCCCCGCUCCUCCACGUGCAGCUGCUGGGUGACCUUGGGCCAGUCACACUUCUCUGAAGUCUCUCAGCCCCACUCAUCUCACAGAGUGUUUGUUGUGGGGGAGGAAGGGAAAGGAGAUGGUUAGCCGCUUUGAGACUCCUUAGGGUAGUGAUAAAGCAGGAUAUCAAAUCCAGACUCCUCUUCUUCUUCUUCUUCUUCUUCUUCUUCUUCUUCUUCUUCUUCUUCUUCUCCUCUUUAUACCCGGAGGUCUCAGGGCGGUUCACAGAAAAGAUCACAACAUAUAUGAUCAGAAUAAGAACAACCUAUUAACAGCCCCCACCCGCCACGAAAAGAGCCACCUGAGCCCUUCUUUGUGCCAGUGGCAGACUUGGGGCUCUCAAAUUUCAGCGGUGCCCUGCGUGGCACUAUAAUUUGGUGCCUCCUCCCCACCUCUCGUGCUCCAUUCUAGACCAUUGUCUUAGUGCCUGCAGCGUGGCACCCAAUGCCACUCCGAAUCUGUCUCUGUGUGCCCCAUCCAGGGGAGAUCUGGAAUGGGCCUUUUCAGUGGUGGUUCCCUGCUUGUGAAAUGCCCUAUCCAGGGAAGCUCGCCUGGUGCCGUCAUGACUUAACUUUAAGCACCAGGCAAGAACUUUGGCUUUUGGUUAUCUGUGGCCUCCUUCAGUGGGUGAGAUAUUUUAGCCCUGCCUUUUUAAAAUAUGAAUGAGCUUCUUUGCUUUGUUUUUAUGCUGGUUUAAAUGUAUGCUUUAUUUAUUUCCAUUGGGGUUAACUUUUGUAACAAAUCAGCUAAUUAGUUUAAUCCUCUUCACUGGCUGUUGGCCAUGCUAUCUGAGGCUGAUUAGAAUUGGGGUCCCAACAACUUUGGACAAUCACAAAAUUGCCUUCUCCUGGCCUGGUUGGCAGCAGCAUCUCUCCGGAAUUUCAACGCCCCUGGGAAAUGCUGGGGAUUAAACUUUGGGACCACCACUGACCUACUGCCUUUCCAAUAGUCAAUACCGCUAAAGUGCAAGGUUUUAAAAAAUUAUUGAGAAAUAUCAUAUCCUGUGUUACAGACCUGAGAGGAUCUCAAAGCAGCGUGCAAAUGAUUCUCAAAAUUAAAACCAUGCUCAAAUCCAUUACAGCAGCAGAAAUUGUAUGCAUGGAACUGAGAUUAUUCAGACAGCGUUGCUUGCCCUUGUCCUCCUUCCCUGGUGUCUCUGUGCUGUGUAAUUGACAUUCCUUAGUUGUUGUUGUUUAGUCGUUUAAUUGUGUCCGACUCUUCGUGACCCCAUGGACCAGAGCACGCCAGGCACUCCUGUCUUCCAUUGCCUCCCGCAGUUUGGUCAAACUCAUGCUGGUAGCUUCGAGAACACUGUCCAACCAUCUCGCCCUCUGUCGUCCCCUUCUCCUUCUGCCCUCCAUCUUUCCCAACAUCAGGGUCUCUUCUAGGGAGUCUUCUCUUCUCAUGAGGUGGCCAAAGUAUUGGCGCCUCAGCUUCAGGAUCUGUCCUUCCAGUGAGCGCUCAGGGCUGAUUUCCUUCAGAAUUGAUAAGUUUGAUCUUCUUGCAGUCUAUUAGACUCUCAAGAGUCUCCUCCAGCACCAGAAUUCAAAAGCAUCAAUUCUUUGGUGACCAGCCUUCUUUAUGCUUCCAUGCAUCACCAAUUCCUUAGUUAGUCAGCCCUAUAAUUAAGCGCGUUGCCAAGGCUCAACAGCUCUUAGUGGGCAGUUUUCUUUUGUGGGGAUACGUUCAUCAACCUCUGCUUCUUAGUUUACACGUACUUUCAUAGGGCUUUAAAAAUGUCAGGCGAGAACAUGCUGAGUGAUGCUGAGGUUUUGCACUUGGAAGACUUCCCAUCUGCUCAAGACAAACCUGUUUCGCAAAGCUCCUCUGUUUAUGACCUGCGCCACGUGCUGAAGCAAGAGUAAAUAAUAAGCUGAAGGCCUAGGGAAAAACAAGGCCAGGAAAGGCGUAACAGUUGAGAGCCUGGGAAGCUGGGCCCUCCAAGGGUAGAGGCGGCCUGUGCUCUCCAGGUUUGGCUGGAUUACAACCCCCGUCAUACCUGAGCACUGGUGAUGCUGACUGGGGCUGAUCUUGAGAGCCACAAGUUCCCUGCACUUGCGGCAGAUUUCCAGAAGCCUUUGGCUUCUGACCCCUUUUUUAUUUGGAAAGGAUGGUGGGUGCUGUGAAGCCCAGUGUGGGUGGGUGGGACAUAUUGUUGUGUUUUUGCUUCAGGUAAAAAUAUCUGGUCACUGGGUGGAGCCACAGGUCAGUUGGUGGGGCCAAAAGACAGGUUACUAGUGCCGAUUUUGGAACGUCAGGUGUGGAGCUUGGCGAGUUUAGGCCACAAGGGGGUGGAGCUUAACUGAUCAAGGGAAUGGAGUCAGUGGAGGAGGGGGGGAACCUCUCACAAUCAUGUGCAGUUUUCACAAACUUACCUGAUUACAAAACCUGAGCUAAAAUGCCGAAUGGGUAGGUAAAACACCCAUCAGUUGGCAACCAGAGUUGAGUUGAGUUGAGUUGGCACCCAACACUUGGCAAGCUGGUGUAGUGGUUAAGAGCGGUGGACUCGUAAUCUGGUGAACCAGGUUCGCUUCCCCGCUCCUCCACAUGCAGCUGCUGGGUGACCUUGGGCCAGUCACACUUCUCUGAAGUCUCAGCCUCACUCACCUCACUGAGUGUUUGUUGUGGGGGAGGAAGGGAAAGGAGAAUGUUAGCUGCUUUGAGACUCCUUAGGGUAGUGAUAAAGCGGAAUAUCAAAUCCAAACUCUUCUUCUUCAAGUGCAUUUUCACGUGAAGAGUGGGAAUGUCACAACUGGCCCUGCUUGCUUUGCAAUGGAGCCACGAAGUGAUGGAGAAAGGGGGGGGGGGAGAUGAGGCUGGUUUCUUGUUCUCUUCCUUCCUCCCAGAGUCACCAGGUUUGCUUUUUUUUCCUUAAAAAGGUCCACUUGUGUGAAGUGGAAAACCCGCAGGACCUUCCGAGCCUGGAGUUCCCCUUCAAUGUGCGCAAGGGGCGCCCUCUGCUGGUGGCUGUGAAGAUUCUACGCUCUGACGCCACUAAGAAUGCCAGGUAAGUGUACAAACCUCUCUGCCUGUGUGUGUGUGUAUGUGUGUGUAGUUUGGUAGCCUGAUCCUCCAUAAAAUUUGCCCAGGCCUCAACAUCAUCAUCAUCAUCAUUUUUAAUUUGUAUACCAUCUUUCUAUCUUACCAUACUCAAGGCGGUUUACAAGCUGAAGGAACAAAAAAUGUACAUCUUUAUAUUAAUCUAAUGCAAUACAGAAAUGUGAUAAUAAAACCAUCCAAGUUGGUGGCCGCCAGCUGCCUCCUAUGGGGGGUGAGUUCCACAGUUUAACUCAGGCAAACUCGGCCCUCCAGAUGUUUUGGGACUACAACUCCCAUGAUACCUAGCUAACAGGACCAGCGGUCAGGGAUGAUGGGAAUUGUAGUCCCAAAACAUCUGGAGGGCCGAGUUUGCCUAUGCCUGGUUUAACUGAAUGUCAGGCCCUCUUCUGGAAGGGAUUUAUCUAACCUCAUGUUCAAAACAUCUGCUAAUGGGAUCUCUGCAAUCCUGGGUCCUAUCACUUGAGUAUUCCCCUCUAUUCUCUAUAUCUUUAUUCUCCUGCUUCCAGUUUUGUUCUGACUUGCCUUUGAGCAGGGGCUGAUGGGAUUUAAGGGAUGUGAUUGUCCCUGGCUGGGCUGCAGGCCCUGAGUUAGGCAGGGACCUAACAGCUAGAGUCAGCCCCAUUCAUGUGACCACCAUUAUCUCACCUCCUCUGCUUGAAACCAGCCCGGGAGAUGCUAUGAGUGGGGCACCUUGUCACAAGUGCUGAGGCAGGACUUCCCAAAUGUUUCUGGUCAAUUGGGAUUUUGUCAGUUGCCUAAUUUGUACCAGUUUGCAGAAUUCAGGCUUCACGGUUGCCAGAUGUGGCCUCAACCAGAGGCAGGGCUUUUUCGGCUGUGGCCCCGAUCUGGUGGAACGCUCUGUCACAAGAGACUAGGGCCCUGCGGGACUUGACAUCUUUCCGCAGGGCCUGCAAGACAGAGCUGUUCCACCAGGCCUUUGACCAGGGCACAGCCUGACCCCCUCCUUUGGUAAUCCUCACAGAACUCUAGCCCAAUGGUUGCCAUUAAUUUGAUUUUAAAUUGGUUUUAUAAUGAAUUGAUUUUAGAAUGCUGUGUUACUUUUAUCGUUGUUAGCCGCUCUGAGCCCAUCUUCAGCUGGGGAGGGCGGGAUAUAAAUUUCACUUCACUUCACUUCACUUCACUUCACUUCACUUUACAGUGGUACCUCUGGAUACAUACGCUUCAGGUUACAUACGCUAACCCAGAAAUAGUGCUUCAGGUUAAGAACUUUGCUUCAGGAUGAGAACAGAAAUCGUGCUCCGGCGGCACGGUGGCAGCAGGAGGCCCCAUUAGCUAAAGUGGUGCUUCAGGUUAAGAACAGUUUCAGGUUAAGUACGGACCUCCGGAACGAAUUAAGUACUUAACCCGAGGUACCACUGUAUUUUAUUUUAUUUUAUUUUAGUCAGGUUUCUCCAACCACCACCCCCCUUUUUUUUUUGCACCUUCAUCUUUCGAUCUGCAGAACCCUUUUAUUUGUUUAUCCCUGACAACUUCUUCUUCUUGCCUGUCAAGGAACGAUUUCCUGAAGGAGGUGAAGAUCAUGUCUCGCCUGAAAGACCUCAACAUCGUCCGGCUCCUGGGCGUUUGUGUGAGAGACGACCCCCUGUGCAUGAUCACGGAGUACAUGGAGAACGGAGACCUCAACCAGUUCCUCAGCGGACAUGAGAUGGAAGACAAGCUGGGCGGGAGCCCCAGCGGGAAGCCGACAAUCGGGUACCGACUCCAAGCUGGGGUAGCUCAGUCAGUAGAGCAUGAGAUCUCAAGGUCGUGGGUUCGAGCCCCACGUGGGGCAAAAAGAUUCCUGCAUUGCAGGGGGUUGGACUAGAUGACCCUCAUGGUCCCUUCCAACUGUGAUUCCAUGGCAGCAGAAUCCAACCGUUUUGCCUUGGAAGUCCUGCCCUGAUGGCGUCAGUCGUCAGGUGUGCAUUUCAGGUGCAGCAGUUAUUUUUCGGACGUUUCCGAGGCAAGAGGUUAACAGAGACUACCCUUUCAGAAUUUUUUUCCAGCACUUGCUGCGGCAUUUAAGAGGGCCGUUACUGUUUUUAAGUGGUAGAAAAGUAUUGUGUUUGGCAAGCCGGUGCCUAAACAGUGUAGCUUGAGGAUUCGUGAACAAGCCUUUGUAGCUGAGCAUUUUAAAAGCAGCUACCUGGGUCUUUAAUUUCAAAGGAUGAAUUUCAAUUUUGAAGUCUCUGCACGCGUUUCAAAAUACGUGUGGCAUCUUUUUCUCCCUGGCCAAGACCUACCAAAGUAAAAAGUCCUGGGCCAGCCAGCAAAGAGUGAGCUUUGAUGUUCCUCUGUAUCAUAGCUGUCAACUUUUCCCUUUUCUUGCGAGGAAUCCUAUUCGUAAUAAGGGAAUUUCCCAUAAAAAAAGGGAAACGUUGACAGCUAUGCUCUGGAUUCAUAAUUCACUAAAGUCUUGAGGGAAAAUUCCGUCCCAUUCAAUUGCAUCCUAACUUGAUUGGUUGCGUUCCCGGGAGGCCAGCACUUUACAGAGCUACCCCAGUGUCUGAUGGGAAUAUCACUUGCAUCUCUUCGGUCUCAGGGGAGUGUUCCUGACGUGCCUUUCUCUCUCUCUCUCUCCCCCCCCCCGCUACUUAGCUAUCCUACCCUGGUCCACGUGGGGGCCCAGAUUGCCUCAGGAAUGGCGUUCCUUGCCUCCCUCAACUUUGUGCACCGCGAUCUGGCGACGCGGAACUGCCUGGUAGGCGAAGGCUUCACCAUCAAGAUCGCUGACUUUGGCAUGAGCCGGAACCUCUACGCUGGGGACUAUUACCGCAUCCAGGGCCGGGCAGUGCUGCCGAUCCGCUGGAUGGCUUGGGAGUGCAUCCUCAUGGUGAGAGCACCGAAUAAUAAUAAUAAUAAUAAUAAUAAUAAUAAUAAUUUACUAUUUGUACCCUGCCCAUCUGGCUGGGUCUCCCCAGCCACUCUGGGGGGCUUCCAACAAAGAUUAAAAAUACAUUAAAAUAAAGUAAAAUUUUUAUAAAGCAGGGGUGGGAAGCCUGUGGCCUGCUGGAUGUUGCUGGGCUACAACUCCUCCAACAAGAUCCAGAGAGAGCCAAAGGAUUUUCCCAUGCCUGCUUUGAGGGUCGUCUCAUAUGCUUUGCCCUUCUCAUUUGCCUCGCCUCUGUUAGUUGCCAUUUCCCUGUUCAAAAUGGAGUUGCUUUCAGUGGCCGGCAAAAACAACCGAGCGUUUGAUAUGUUAAAAGACGGACGGUCUCGCCUGCACUGUGCACGCCCCUUUUUAAAAAGGCACGGCUUCCCUCAAAGUACCCUGGGAACUGCCGUUCGUUAAGGGUGCUGAGAGCUGUGGUGGGGCUCCUGUUUCUCUCAAAGAACUUCAAAUCAAAACUUAUUUACACUGUUGAAUAUAUCUUGAUGCUGCCAGCGUUUUUAAAUGAACACAAUUUUCACCCAUAUAUCCAGUAAACAUUUUCCAGUCUUCUUUAAACGUACAUUCUUUUUGUUCUCUUAUACUGUAUGUUAAAUCUGCAAGCUGUGCAUAUUCCAUCAGUUUAAGUUUAAUAAUAAUAAUUAUAAUAAUAAUUUAUUUAUACCCCACCCAUCUGGCUGGCGGCGCCCAACCAAAUAUUAAAAAUACAGCAUUAAGUUGCCAUUAUUCUUUGGUUGGGACCUCGCUCGUUUUCUAUUGGGCUAACAAAACACAGGCUGCAGUAGUGGCAUACAUAAAUAGUCUUUUUUGACACCUGGGAAUUUCCCUCUGAAUUAUGCCCAACAAAAAGGACUGUGUCCUCCCAGCUCACUAUUCCCUGUUCCCUCUUCAACCUCCGCCACUUCCUCCCCCCAGUCUCCUCCCUCUGGCCACCCAUCGUUGUCUCACCACCAAUCCCCGGGCUCUGAGUCAUCUUUCCUUGGGGGUUCCCCGGCUGGUUCCUGCCACCAUUCCUCUGCAGUCCAGCAUGACAGUGGUUUAACAGCCAGUGCCUCUUCCCAGGGAAUUCUGGGAGCUGUAACUCUGCAAGGGGAACAACCCUUCAGCACCUUUAACAAACUACAGUUCCCAGGAUCCUUUGCAGUGAGCCAUCACUGCUUUAAAGUGACGCGACACUGCUUUGACUGUGAAGAUGGGGCCUAGGUCUUCCAAGUGCUUGAGGUAAAGGGACCCCUGACAAUUACCAUAUUUUUCGCUCUAUAGGACGCACCUAUAAAUUCUCCCCCUCUCUGCUCAGCGCCCCUUCAGUGAAGCGGCAGGAGAAACGGAGCCCCUUCCAUUUCUCCUCCCGCUUGGCUGAAGGGGCGCUGCGUAGCUCUCCCUCUCUGCUGAAGCCAGGGGAGUCUUGCUCUCCCGGCUUCAGCAAAAGGAACCCGCAGCCUUCAGAGCGCAGCGUGAGUUCCCGCUGCGCUCCAAAGGCUUCAGGCAGCUAUCCCUGAAGCCUGGAGAGCGAGAGGGGUCGGUGCGCACUGACCCUUCUCGCUCUCUAGGCUUCAGCGAAAGCAACGCGAAGCCUCCAGAGCGCAGAGGGAGCGCUCCCUCUGCGCUUCGGAGGCUUCGCGUUGCUAUCGCUGAAGCCAAGGACCCUGCAUUUGCUCCAUAGGACGCACACACAUUCCCCCUUACUUUUUGGAGGGGAAAAAGUGCGUCCUGUAGAGCGAAAAAUACAGUAACUCCAGUCGUGAAUGACUCUGGGGUUGCGGCGCUCAUCUCACUUUAUUGGCCAAGGGAGCCAGCGUACAGCUUCCAGGUCAUGUGGCCAGCAUGACUAAGCCGCUUCUGGUGAACCAGAGCAGCGCAUGGAAACACCGUUUACCUUCCCGCCGGAGCGGUACCUAUUUAUCUACUUGCACUUUGAUGUGCUUUUGAACUCCUAGGUUGGCAGGAGCAGGGAUCGAGCAACGGGAGCUCACCCCGUUGCGGGGAUUCGAACCACCGACCUCCCAAAGGUUCAAGCCCUAGGCUCUGUGGUUUAACCCACAGCGCCACCCGCGUCCCUAUUACGAGAGAUGCAUACAUAGGCAGAGGGAGCCGGUGUUUGUCCGCAGACAGCUUCCGGGUCAUGUGGCCAGCAUGACUAAGCCGCUUCUGGCGAACCAAAUCAGCUCACGGAAACGCCGUUUACCUUCCCGCCGGAGCAGUACCUAUUUAUCUACUUGCACUCUGAGGUGCUUUCGAACUGCUAAGUGGGCAGGAGCUGGCACCGAACAACGGGAGCUCACCCCGUCGCAGGGAUUCGAACCGCUGACCUUUGGAUCGGCAAGUCCAAGGCUCUGUGAUUUAGGCCACAGCGCCCAGUGCUUGAGGACGAAGGCAGAAAGUGAGGGAUGAACAGGGUGGGGAGUGCCAGGACCACCAAGGAGUAAAUAUGGCCUCUGUUAUUCACCUUCCUGCUCUGUUUCCCUCAGGGCAAGUUCACCACAGCCAGCGACGUCUGGGCGUUUGGCGUCACACUUUGGGAGGUCCUUAUGCUGUGCCAGGAGCAGCCCUACAGCCAGCUCACUGACGAAGCCGUCAUCGAGAACGCUGGCGAGUUCUUCCGGCACCAGGGCAAGCAGGUAACAACAACCGGGGAGCCUGGCCGGAGGCGAUGACUGCUCCAGGAAUCUGUGCCGCUGGGGUGGGUGGAAGGCAGAUCAGGAGCUAUGAGAAGAUUUCUGGGUGAUCUGCAAUAAGAUCUGGGUUCCUCAACAUGGCACCUGUGCUCACAAUAGCACUCUCAGACACACAACCCUUGGCACCUGCCCCUCCAUUAUUAUUAUUAUUUUAACUUGGUGGGUUUGGGUGUUUCCAUUCUUUGAUUCGGAGGUUACAUGAAUAUUUUUGGGGUCUCUGUUUUCUUUUGUGUUACCUUUUUUUUUGAGAGCGUGCAUUCUGAGCAUUGCCAGUUUUCUUUCAGUAAAACGGGUUAUUUUCUUUCACAGCGGUGGUUUAUUAGAUUUUCAAAUGAGCCCCUGGGCUCCAAAAGGGUUUGGGGGUUUCACCUGCAGUGGAUCAUCAAGGAUUUCUGACUCCCGGUUGUUUAGCCAUAGCAACAACGACGACACCAGCGAAAGCUUUCUGAACUUCCUUCUGCAUGACGCUUGGGGGUAGAACCACGAAUGUUCUUUUUGUGUGUGACAGGAUGUGGGGAUUUCUUCAUGCUAGCCACAUGCACAGCCCUGGUCCUGUUAUUUACAUGUUCCUGAGUAUGUGCUUAGAAGCUCCCAUCUCUUGAUGCUGUAAACCUCCCCCCCCCCCCGCAGUCACUAGCCCUUCCCUUAUAAUCCAGAGCUCCUUUUCUCAAUCCACUGGGGCCCUCCCCCAAACUGAACUCCUCCCAUGGGCCCAAUUUCUCGCCCCCCCCAACCUGCCCCUCCAAUUCUCUGAGCUCCUCCCAUGACUUACCUUGUAAUCCUUCCUUUCACCCUCCCUCCCCAGGUCUAUCUCUCUCGUCCGCCUGCCUGCCCGCUGGCUGUCUACGAGAUGAUGCUGAGGUGCUGGGCAAGAGAGGCCAAGGACCGCCCAUCUUUCCAACAUCUGCACCGCUUCCUGGCUGAAGAUGCCCUCAAUAUGGUGUGA